CCCCCUGUUGUGGCUAUAUUCUGCACCUGAAACUGAUACCUCAGUUGUACAAUGCCAAAGGGCUUUCAUGCCAGGUGCAUUGCUUUACUGUCCUCUCCCCUGGCCUAUUAUUGUUAGAUUGUUUCGUAUGUGAAAUUGUUGAGGAUACACAUAGUUUUGCUGAGGGUAACAGCACAACAAACCCUGAUGGGAUGUAAAGAAAUCAAGAAUAUGCCCUCCAGGGAACACUGUUAACUUGGAUGUGACCUUUCAGAGUUUUAAAGGAAUAAAUAAAGCCAGCACAUGAUUUGGGACUUACUCUUUGUGACAUGGAUGAAUCUGCACUGACCCUUGGCACAAUAGAUCUUUCUUACCUGCCAAAUUCAUCAGAAUACAAUGUUGGUCGAUGCAAGCAUGCAAGUGAGGAAUGGGGUGAGUGUGGAUUCAGACCUACUGUCUUCAGAUCGGCAACCUUAAAAUGGAAAGAAAGCCUCAUAAGCCGGAAAAGACCAUUUGUUGGAAGAUGUUGUUAUUCCUGUACUCCCCAGAGCUGGGAUAAGUUUUUCAACUCCAGUAUCCCGUCUUUGGGUUUGCGGAAUGUUAUUUAUAUCAAUGAAACUCACACAAGGCACCGCGGAUGGCUUGCGAGACGUCUUUCUUACGUGCUUUUUGUUCAAGAGCGAGAUGUCCAUAAAGGCAUGUUUGCCACCAAUCUGACUGAAAAUGUACUGAACAGCAGUAGAGUACAAGAGGCAAUUGCAGAAGUGGCUGCUGAAUUAAACCCUGAUGGUUCUGCUCAGCAGCAAUUAAAGGCCAGCAAUAAAGUGAAAAAGAAAGCCAAAAGGAUCCUUCAAGAAAUGGUUGCCACUGUCUCACCAGCAAUGAUCAGACUGACUGGAUGGGUGCUGCUCAAACUGUUUAACAGCUUCUUUUGGAAUAUUCAGAUUCACAAGGGUCAACUUGAAAUGGUUAAAGCUGCAACUGAGACGAAUUUGCCGCUUAUAUUUCUACCAGUUCAUAGAUCACAUAUUGACUAUCUACUGCUCACUUUCAUUCUCUUCUGCCAUAACAUCAAAGCACCAUAUAUCGCUUCAGGCAAUAAUCUCAACAUUCCCAUCUUCAGCACAUUGAUCCAUAAGCUCGGGGGCUUUUUCAUACGACGGAGGCUAGAUGAAACGCCAGAUGGACGCAAGGAUGUUCUCUACAGAGCUUUGCUCAAUGGGCAUAUAGUUGAACUCCUUCGACAGCAGCAGUUCUUGGAGAUUUUUCUGGAAGGCACACGUUCCAGGAGUGGAAAAACCUCCUGUGCUCGGGCAGGACUUUUGUCCGUUGUGGUAGAUACUCUGUCUACCAAUACCAUCCCAGACAUCUUGAUAAUACCCGUUGGCAUCUCCUAUGAUCGUAUUAUUGAAGGUCAUUACAAUGGCGAGCAACUGGGAAAACCUAAGAAGAAUGAAAGCCUUUGGAGUGUGGCUAGAGGUGUUAUCAGAAUGUUACGAAAAAACUAUGGGUGUGUCAGAGUGGAUUUUGCACAACCGUUUUCCUUAAAGGAAUAUUUAGAAAGUCAAAGUCAGAAGCCUGUGUCUGCUCCACUUUCUCUGGAGCAAGCAUUGUUACCAGCUAUACUUCCCUCUAGACCUAGUGACAAUGCUGAUGAAGGUACAGACACAUCCAUUAAUGAGUCCUGGAAUGCCACAGAUGGAUCCACCCGAAGAAGACUCAUUUCCAGUCUGGCUGAGCACAUUCUCUUCACUGCCAGCAAAUCCUGUGCCAUUAUGUCAACACACAUCGUGGCCUGCCUGCUUCUCUACAGACACAGGCAGGGAAUUGAUUUUUCCACAUUGGUGGAGGACUUCUUUGUGAUGAAAGAGGAAGUCCUGGCUCGUGAUUUUGACCUGGGGUUCUCGGGAAAUUCAGAAGAUGUAGUCAUGCAUGCCAUACAGCUGCUGGGAAAUUGUGUCACAAUCACCCACACCAGCAGGAAUGAUGAGUUUUUUAUUACUCCCAGCACAACUGUCCCAUCUGUCUUUGAACUCAACUUCUACAGCAAUGGGGUACUUCAUGUUUUUAUCAUGGAAGCCAUCAUAGCCUGCAGCCUUUAUGCAGUUCUGAACAAGAGGGGCUCUGGAGGGCCUAUGGGUUCAUCCCCGAGCCUGGUCAGCCAAGAGCAGCUGGUGCGGAAGGCCACCAGCCUGUGCUAUCUUCUCUCUAAUGAGGGCACCAUAUCUCUGCCCUGUCAGACAUUUUACCAAAUUUGCCAUGAGACAGUAGGAAGGUUUAUCCAAUAUGGCAUUCUUACAGUGGCAGAGCAAGAUGAGCAGGAAGAUGUGAGUCCUGGUCUUGCCGAGCAGCAGUGGGAUGAGAAGCUUCCCGAGCCUCUGUCUUGGAGAAGCGAUGAGGAAGAUGAAGACAGUGAUUUCGGGGAGGAGCAGCGGGAUUGCUGCCUGAAGGUGAGCCAAUCCAAGGAGCACCAGCAGUUCAUCACAUUCUUGCAGAACCUCCUGGGGCCUCUGCUGGAGGCUUACAGCUCUGCUGCCAUCUUCAUUCACAACUUCAGCAGCCCUGUCCCAGAGCCUGAGUAUCUGCAGAAGCUGCACAAGUACCUGAUCACCAGAACAGAAAGAAGUGUUGCAGUGUACGCUGAGAGUGCCACAUAUUGCCUUGUGAAGAAUGCUGUGAAAAUGUUUAAGGAUAUUGGGGUUUUCAAAGAGACCAAACAAAAGAGAGUGUCUGUUUUAGAACUCAGCAACACUUUUCUACCUCAGUGCAACCGGCAAAAGCUCCUGGAAUAUAUUCUGAGUUUCGUGGUGCUGUAGGUAACUCCUAGUGUCCCUGGUGAGUGAGGGGCAUCAGAUGAGUCCCUGGUAGGCUCCAGCCUCUGGCUUGAGAGCUGAGGGUGCUGUCGUGUGGUCGGGCCUGGCCUGGCCUGAUGAGACCUCCUGGAAGACAAGUGCCUUCUCCCCUCCAUGGAGCUGUGAUCGCCCCAAGACUGAGAUGAUGUGACAGCCUACAGAUCACACUCUGGGGGCCCAUCAGCCUCCAUUUGCAACUCAUAAUCAGUAGAAUACAAAAUGAAAUCUCAAAAAUUGUUUUGGAGUUUAUUAAAGAUUUACAUUUUAAGUAUAACUGUUAAGGACUAAUUACUGUGAUGGAUGCAAAAAUGUAGUUGUAUUCCAGAACUGAAUCUUGUAUACUUGAUGCUGAUAGGUAAUUCAUUGCAAUAUUUUCUGAUUAACGGUUAGUGCUUCCUUUAAAAAUAAUUGAGUCAUCUGUUCACUUUUUUUUUCAGUUUUAUCUUUGUCAAUAAUAGUGACAUUUUAAAUGGAACACCUUUCAUCCCAAAGUGCUUUACAGAUGGGCUGAUACGCACCACACCGAGGUACCACUGUGCUGUCUUUGGCAGUCAGAUUUGGAAAGUGUCUUAAGAGCUACAUGAAAACACAAUAUUAGUUUAGGUCAGGAAAAGAAAGAAUAUAAUCAGAUAGCUAAUAUCAGGAAAUAAAAUGCUGGGCCAGCAAAAUUCAAGGUAAACUCGGCCAGAAAACCGAGUCUGAAAACUUUUGCUCAUAUAAAAGUGCCAUUGAGUUUUAAGUGACCAGCAAGUAUUUAGGAAUAAUUCUUGUUUUAUGUCCGUACCCCUUCCCCACCACCUGAGGGUGGAGCUAUUUCAUGGAGAUCCACCACCCAGAUAGGACCUGUCCUCUGGCUGACCUUGGCCUGUGACAUGAAGCAAGCAUCGGGUUCUCUGGCUGCAGGCUGCUGACCCAGGGCUCUCAGGUACUGCGUACAGGUUGUGCACUGCACCUGGUUCUGGGCAACAGACACUCAGGUUGUACAGUGUCAAUCUGGGCAGAAUAUGUGGUAGCCCUACUGACUGGUAAAUGUUUGGAGGCAUUUAUGGACUUGUGGUUUUGAGGAAAAACCAUGGUUCUUUAAAAAUGUAUAUGGGUUAUAUGCCUAACCCCUGAUGCGACAGAGUGGCAAAUAAUUAUGAAAAAUUAUCUGUUCCUCAAGGGUAGAUGCCCUUUUGUGAGCAGGGAGUAUAAUUAUAAAUUAAUCAUGGUAAUUAUGGUGAUUUCUUAAAGAUUAUAUGAUAUUAAAAUAUUUUCUAAUAGCUUACUGUCCCUUCUGUCCAUGGUGUUUUGGAAUUAGGAAUUUUUCUGAAGAAUAUUGUAUAUAGCCUUUGAAUUUAAUAUAAAAGUACUGAGAAUUAAGUUUGUACGUUCAUAAGCUCGGAUUUUAAACACUAAUAGUAUCUCAUGGGUAUUCAGUACGUGUUGGGAGAAGAGAUCGUAUUGAUACUUCACAAUGUAUGAAAUAUGUUGGAAACUCAGCAGUAAGGCUGUGUUCUUGCGAUCUUCCACUCUUCUUAAAUUCUGCAUCGAAAAUACACUUUUUCUUUUUGGAGACUCAUGUACCAUUAAGCCAUCGUCAGUGUUGUAGUGGCUCUGGUGUGGAGUCGAUCCUGACCUUGCAGCAUUCCCCUUGAUUAUCCUUCUGCUGGGAUAGAACACCUCUUUUAGCUGGGGCUCUGAGUUUGGGGCAAUACCAGGAGAGCUUUAUUUGUCCCCUUGGGUGGUCCUUAUCCAGGCAAGCAGACAUUUCACUUGUCUCUUUCAUUCAUCCUCAAUUAUAGAUCAAG